AUGUGGAGAGGCCGUUCCAAGUUGCCAAUAGUGCCAUUCUUUGUUCCGCGGCUCCAAUCUAUCUAUAUAAGUCAGGAUUUUAGAUCUGCAACUGCAACCAACCAGCUAAAUCCAACCAACCUUGGCUCUAAGAGAGAAGAGCUGAAGCGAGGAUCAAGCAGCCAUGUCGUCUGUUACUCAACUACUGCUUCUCAUGCUGUGCAUCUGCCAUUCUGCCAUUGCUCGAGCAAGGCUGGAUGAUGCGCUGAAGGCUGAAGCCGUCUGUGCCCAGCCACAAGUGAGUCCAUCGUCGUCCAGUGGCGCCACGGUGCGGUUAAGCCACCGGUAUGGCCCGUGCUCGCCGGCACCGUCCACUGACGAGCCAACCAUCACGGAGCUGCUCCACAGCGACCAACUCCGAGCCAAUUACGUCCAGCGGAAGUUCUCUGCUGGGAAGAACGGCACCGAGCCAUCGGUCCUCACGGUGCCGACCACUUUGGGAUCCGCCCUCGGCACGCUGCAGUACGUGAUCACCGUCGGCAUCGGCUCCCCGGUGGUGAUCCAGACCAUGAUGGUCGACACCGCCAACGACGUGUCGUGGGUGUACUGUCGCUCCUCCAACGGGUCGACGCUCUUCGAUCCCAGCAAGUACACCACCUACGCCCCGUUCUCCUGCACCGCCCCGGAGUGCACGCAGCUCGGCACCCGAGGCAACGGCUGCGCAAACUCCGAGUGCCAGUACAAUGUCGACUACGCUGCGGUCGCCAACAGCACCGGAACGUACGGCUCCGACACUACGUCAGGUGCUAGAAUUGCCGACACUUUCUUGCCGGCACUUCUCAAAUGUGCCUGCAUUUGUAAUCUUUGCCGGCAUUUUUUGGGUCUGUGCCAAUAA